AUGACUACGACUGACGGCCGCCAUGAGCGCCAUAUGAUGCGACAGAGAGGAGCUGGUGCUCGACCCAUUCCUACAAACUUUGGCUUCAUCUUCCAGGCCGGUCCCAUUCAAUUGUCCGCUACUACGACCACCGAAUCACCACCACCGACCAAUGCCUCAUUACCCGUAGCGUCUCCUGCAGAAGUACAGAAGGCACCCGAGCUGUCGCCGCCUGCAGAGAAAGCCGUGCCGAAAAGAAAGAGGGUCAUCAGAGAAGAUGAAGACGAGGAUCAAGUCUGGUUCUCCAAACGUCCCAAGAAAUCCACUACGGCGCAACAGGACGAAAGUCACAUUGCAUCCACUACACCUGGAGAGACAGCCUUCGAUUCGGCACAGAUACAACCGCCGAUAGAGAACAAGCCGGCCAAGCGGAAACUCGUACGAAAGCGUAUCCUGGUACCCAAAUCACGACAGAAAGCACCCACCGAUCCCGAGCCCGAACCCCAGCCUCGACCUGAUCAACUACCGGUCGCACCAGAACCUACGGCGGAGGACGUCACAAAACCCAAGAGGAAGACAAGAGCUAAGGCGCUCGUCGUCUCGAAGAACAAGCCGAACCGUGUAGACGUUCCGAUUGAACCCUUGCAAGACGACGGACGAGAAGACGAGUCGAACAACCAUCCCCUACACGAUAUACCUUCCGUCAAGCCGGCAACCUUCGAAAAGAUACAAUCCAACGGAGAAACCCCCGAAGGAGUUGCAGAACCAAAGAAGCGUACGAAAGCUGUAGUGCGGAAAAGAGUUGUACGCAAGGACAUACAGAAAGAUACCGCAAACGAGCGACCAAACUUGAAGGAAGAUGCAAACCCAACGGCGUCCUCAAUACCAUUGGAGAAAGAGAAGGCUGAGGAGAUACCCAAGGCGAAGGUCACCAAGAAGCGGAAAGUGAUCAAGAAGCAUGUUAACGAGAGCGUUGAGCAAGAGGAAAUCUCUGACACCCAGGCCAUCCUUACAAAUUCUAUGGAAGGGCUACCACCCACGCUCGAGAUGACCGAGUCAGUGCAGGCAGAAAAGAAGCGAAAAAUCGUCAAGAGAGUGCGUGUCCCUCGGGCCACCAAAACGAAAGUACUACCAGAAAAGGACGACCAGACGACCGACGCAGCUGCCCAGGAUAAACCCAGACCCUCUCGUUCCCGACCAAAGUUGCCUCUGGAAGAGAGAACCUCCAAUCCGUCUCCCAAAAGACCAGAGACCAGUCACGCUCAAGAACAACUGCUCGACAAGAAGAGCAACACACGAGAACGAAAGACAAAAGUGUCCAAAGCCAAGAAGGAAGAAACGACCAAGGAGAUCGUAUCUGAGGAUAUAUCUUCGCAGCCUAUACAGCCCAAGUCACUGCACCAUUCUAAGCUAGCUGUGUCUGAGGCCGAAGAUGCUGACUUGGCUCUUUUUGAAUCAGGAGCUCCGGUACCAGUGACCAAGAAAGCGACUAAGGCUCCGAAAAGAGUCUUUGACGAUGACUCUGAGAUUGAUCUGGAUCAUAUGUUGAGUGGCAUCGCAGCCAUGGCUGGGACUGGAGCCGCGAAACCUUCUAUCACAAAGCCUACACGCGUGGCAAAGAGGAAAGCCGCUGUAUCGUGA